GAACCGAGGAUGUAGUUUUCUAAAGAACUGAGCGACAAACGUUUGACCAGAACUGGUUCCAGUCUGUCGUUGCCAAACCGCGUCUCUCACGCUGGAAGUCACUUCCACUUCGUCCGCUCAUCCCUCAUCCUUCUCUCAGAUUUAAACCUCCAGUACGAAGAUGUCUCUGAGCAAGAAAAGUAACGACGACAUACUGAAGCUGCUUGAUGAGCACGGAAUUAAACACGGACCAGUUGUAGACAGCACUCGGAAGCAGUAUGAGAAGAAGCUUGAAAAGGUCGUGGAGAAGUCGUCAGUGAAAGCCUCAUCGGAUAAGACCUACUACAGAGAGGAAGAGGAGACGAGCUACGUCACAUACCGCAGUCCGUUUGGAGAAGAGGGCUUUGUGGAUACGGUGAUACGUAGAGGCAUUUCGACCCGAGAUGAAGACAAAGAACUCGACCAACAUACAAACGCUUCCAAGUCUACGAUUCAGUUCACAAGCAAAACAGUCAAUCACAGCGUACAACAGUCCAGCCUCCAGUACAACAAACCGCCAAUCAAGUCUGGAAGCAGCAAGUGGAAAGCGGUUCGGCUGCUGCUGCUGCUGCUGGCUGUGUUUGCAGCUGCCUGCUAUGGCGCCUACUGGUAUCUGUGGAACUAUCAGUCGUAACAAGGCAGCGAUCUGAUUGGUUGUUCUGAACUUGUUCUGAAAUAAAAUUGUACUGUUAGGGUUGACAGGGUCUUUUUAUCUAACAAUUGUAGGUGUUUCAACACAUACUAACUACUGUAGAGCACAAAAUGUAAAUUAGACUAAUGAAAAAAACCUUCAACAAAAAUCAACCAAUUAAGAAAAUUCCAAAUGCCACCUGUUAAGUAAAGUACUGAAAAUUUUUAUAUUAGUAAUGAGAUACCAGUUGUGACAGGACAGAGAGCCAGACACAGAUUUCUUUGCUCUGUUACACACACUGCAUACAGUAUGUAAGAUGGUGCACUGCAUUUUCCAGCCAGAUCUGUGUAUUUGAAUGUUUUAUAAGGUGAUUUUUAUAACAUGUUUGUUCUUUUUUGUAACAUGUAAACUCCACAAUGGAAAACUUAUGUACGUGCUUAGAAAAUAAGAGGGCAAUUGAACAGUAUAUUUAGCUCCUACUUGAGUGCAGUAGAAUAAACUUUUACAACUAUAUAAAAGUGA